CUGGGCCCUCCUCCAGCUCCCCCCUCUCCUCAGCGUCCUCCACCGCUUCUUCCCGCUUCCCCGUCGCCCUCCGGGCCGCUCCUCCCCGUCCUUUCUCCGGCUCCUCCUUUCCCUGGCUUUUCCCUUUCGACUCUCCGCCUCCGCCUUUCCUUCCUCGGGCUUGCCCCUCCUUCCCGCUGCUCCGCCUCCCCGAGUGGGGCUCCUCCGGCCCGGCUAUCCUCCUGCCGCUCCUCAGACCCACUCCGGGUCGCGUGGUCGGCGCCGGGUGCCUCGGCGAGUUCUGCCAGACCCGACCCGGCUCGGCGCGCCGUCCCCGCUCUGCCCCCGCCGCGCUCGGGCGAGCCCGCGCCUCGCGGUCUCCUCAGGCGCCCUCGAGGGGCAUCCGGCGGCGGCGGCGGCGGCGGCGGCGGCGGCGGCUGCUGCUGCUGCUCCGGGCCCGUGGUUCGCGCAGCUUCAGCUCUGAGGCGGAUCGGGGCCGUUUUUUCGUCUCCCCUCUAGUUUUUGACGCCUAUCUCGGGGUCUCGCUUGCUCUUCUGCCUGUGGCGUGGCCGGUCCUUUCAACGGCUUGGUACAAGGAUUCAUUGGAAGAAGAUCUUCAGAAAGCAGAUCUUGUUAUUAGUCACGCAGGUGCAGGAAGCUGUUUGGAGACUCUGGAAAAAAGAAAGCCUCUUGUAGUGGUUGUAAACGAAAAGUUGAUGAACAAUCAUCAGUUGGAAUUGGCAAAGCAGCUGUACAAAGACGGGCAUCUUUUCUACUGUACCUGCAGCACGCUUCCUGGGCUGUUACAGUCAAUGGACUUAUCAACACUGAAAUGUUUUCCUCCUGGCCAGCCAGAAAAAUUUUCUGCAUUUUUGGAUAAAGUUGUUGGAUUACAAAAAUAAACACUAAACUCUGAACACUUUAAAAACGCCCCCAAAUCCAACCUGUGGAAUGUGGUUAAAUCAGAUUAAAUAUAUAGUAUAUAUUUGCAGAAUAAUACAAAUUAAUAAACUUAUGCAUCUAUAGAAUGUAUAGAGAA